GCGCAGCCGGUGUCGCGCGUGCUCCUGGCCCGGGGGCGUGGGUGCUGUGUGCUGCGGUCCCGGCUCCUCUCCGCGGCGCUUUUGCUUCCCGGUCCAGGACGCCGCUCCGCGAGCGCGGGAUGUUCCCCGAGCUCAACAACCUCCUCGAUGCCUCCCCGGACCGGCCGGAGCCGGGGAAGCUGACUCUGCUCUGUGACGCUAAGACCGAUGGCAGUUUCCUUGUGCACCACUUUCUCUCCUUCUACCUCAAAGCGAACUGUAAGGUGUGCUUUGUGGCUCUCGUUCAGUCCUUCAGUCACUACAACAUCGUGGGACAGAAGCUGGGUGUCAGCCUGACCGCGGCCCGGGAGCGCGGGCAGCUGGUCUUCCUCGAGGGGCUCAGGUCGGCCGUGGACUCCUUCUUCCGGGCUGAGGGGGAGGCCCCGCCCCUGCGGUUCCUCAGGGAGGCCACGGCCGGCAGCCUGCAGCCUCUGUUCCAGUUCGUGCGGGACGCCCUGGAGCCCGGGGGCCCGGGGGCGGCCGGCUGGGCGCGCCCGGUGCUGCUGGUGGACGACCUCAGCGUGCUGCUGAGCCUGGGCGCGGGCGCGGGCGCCGUGCUGGACUUCGUGCACCGCUGCAGGGCCCGCGUGUGCUGCCAGCUGCAGGGAAACAUAGUGGCCCUGGUGCACGCCAGCGGGGACGCCGAGGACGAGGAGAGCGAGCUCCUGCUGAACGGCCUCAGCCACCAGAGCCACCUGGUCCUGCGGGCCGAGGGCCUGGCCACCGGCUCCUGCAGGGAUGUGCACGGGCAGCUGCGGGUCCUCUGGCGGACACCAUGGCCGCCCGCUGCGCGGGGCCGGAGCCUCACCUUCCAGUACAAGAUCCAGGACAAGAGCGUGUCCUUUUUCGCCAAAGGAAUGUCGCCUGCGGUUCUGUGACCCGAGGGGCGGACCCGACACGAGGGUGAAGCCUCUCCCCUCGCAGCCAUGUCCCCGCUGGCCGCGCCUGGCGAUGGCGGACUGUGGCUCUGCCUGUCCCACGUUCAGCAGACACGUGUGUCAGGACCCCGCACCCUGCUCUGCCGAGACGGAGCUGGGGAAGGGUCCUCUGAGUUUUCGUGUGACUCGCCACCCCCGUCUGGGCUGUGCCUUGGAGCAGGGUGGGCUGAGCACCGGCAGGGACAGUUCUGAUGGCGGGCCUCCUCGGGGACAGACGGGGUCGUCCUGGCUGGCACAGAGUGCGCCCCACAUCCUGGCUCCCUGGGCAUCUCGCGCAGGUCUCACCUUUGUCUUGCAAAGGUCCUUCCCUGAGCCCUGCUUGCAAGGCAUGGAGGCCGGAGGAGGCACACCGCUGACCCCGCCUCCUGGGAAGGGCGGGGCUCCACCAGGUCUGUGGGCCAAGGGCACCUGCUGCCAGAGGUGCUCCGGGGCCGGCAGAGAGAACAGGACGAGCGUGAAACCAGUGCAGGUAGCAGGAAGCCCACAGGCUGCCCACAGGAGAGCAGAGGCCCCUCGGCUGGUGGUGUGGGUGCAGGAGCAGAGGCUGGGUGCGAAUGCCCCUUUCUGAAAUAAAAAAAAAAAUUUAGAAAAAGGGUUAUUGCACCCACUUAUCCAGAUGACUUUCACCAGCAGUUUGUCAGGUUCUAUAAAGUGUUCCUCAGA